AUGUUUUUAUUAAUAUUUACUACCGUAAUUCUUGGAUUUCUAUUCUAUGAACUGUACUGGAAACGGAGAAAUUUGCCGCCAGGCCCAAUUCCGCUACCAUUCAUCGGCAACUUGCUGGAAGUUAUGCGAAACGAGCCCGGCUAUGAGGCUUAUAGGAAAUGGACAAAACAAUAUGGACCUGUACACACUUAUUGGCUAGGUUCUCGGCCAAUGGUUGCCGUGUCGGACUACGCGACGAUACAAGCAACAUUUAUCCAGGAUGCCGACAAAUACGCUGGUCGAUUUAAUAAUUUGGAGAUGACGAAAAUGUAUCGAGGAGGCAACUACGGUGUCGUGGAGACGGCCGGGGAUUUGUGGAGGGACCAGAGGCGCUUUACCCUGCACACUCUUCGAGAUUUCGGAAUGGGCAAAAAUAUCAUGGAAGAGCGGGUAAUGCUUGAGGUGGAAUACCUUUUGGAGCGCCGGGAAAAGCAGAUGGAUAGCUUCGAAAUGCAGAAAGAAUUCGACAUUUCGGUUGGCUCCAUCAUUAACAAUAUACUUUUUGGGUAUAGGUAUGACGAGGAUAAACUCGAGGAGUUCUUCUUCGUCAAAGGCUCAAUUUCACAGCAAAUGAAGGAGUUUAUGAACCCGAAACUUUUCCUGUUGAUUUUGUAUCCGUGGUUACGGUAUUUGCCAUAUUUUAAUACGGCCUGUCAACGUCUUUUUGGGUAUCGCGAUUUGCUGUUCAACUACUUUCGAAAGCAGAUUGCCACUAAAGAAAAAGAAUUCGAUUUGGAUGAGGAACCUAACGACUUCGUGGAAUGCUUCCUGAAAGAACGCUCGAAGCGGAAGGGCACAGAAUCGGAGGAGUUUUAUAGUGAAAUGCAACUCCUCAACCUUGUCUUUGAUUUAUGGGUUGCUGGUAUGGAAACCACCGCAAAUACCCUCACCUGGGGCGUAUGCUAUAUCCUGAACCACCCCGAGGUCCAGCAAAAGAUCUACCAGGAGCUGGAUGAAAAGAUAAAAUCGGAUCGGCGUGUCGAGAUGAGCGACAAGAAUAACCUACCGUACUUGAAUGCUGUGAUAUGCGAAGUCCAGCGCCUCUGCAACCUGCUACCUCAAAACCUAUUCCACGCCACUACUGAAGACGUCGUCAUUAAUGGAUAUUCGCUGCCAAAGGGCACUUCCAUCGUCCCACAGAUUUCUUGUGUGAUGUACGACGAAAAGCACUUCCCCGAGCCCUAUAAAUUCGACCCAUCCCGAUUCCUAAAUGCCGACGGGUCCUUCAGAAGACGUGAAGAAUUGAUUCCGUUUUCUAUCGGAAAACGACAAUGUGUUGGGGAAGGAUUGGCAAGGAUCGAGUUGUUCCUCUUCCUCGCCAAUUUAUUCCAUCGCUUUGAGAUAACCGCCACUGAAAAACCGAGCAUGAAGAAGACGUUCGGGCAGACGGUCCAAGCAGCACCGUAUCGAAUUUUUGCGAAGAAUCGCUUCGCCCAAAGACAA